AUGGAGAGGACGACGAUGAAAGUAAAUGGAUCUCGACCUUCUCUAAGUUCUUUGAGAUCUUCACUAUACGAUUCGAUCGAAGAAAUGGCUCAACGGGAUCUAGAGGUCAGUAUUACAUCUUGGGCGAAGCUGAUGUCGAUAAUCCUUGAGUUACAAGCUAUCAAGGAGCUAGUCAGUCAGAGGAAGGAAGAUAUACCCAACAAGGGCAAGAUAUAUAUGUGUUUUAAGUUUCCUGCUCUGAUUCGAAUUCGGAUGAUUGAAUCCGACGUUGAGGAUCUAGAAGAGCGAGUCUUACUGAUGAUUACAAACUGGCGAGGUAGCUGCAUAUCUGGGGACGAGUGA